AUGGACCUUUCGCCUCAUCAGUCCACUCCUCGGAAUCAGUCGGUCAAGCGUCGCCGAGUGGCUCUGGCUUGCGAUGCCUGCCGAACGCGAAAGUCAAAGUGUGAUGGUAGCCGCCCCAAAUGCGGCAUGUGCAAAGACUUAGGCUUUGACUGUGCCUACACCCCACCAGUCACAGCUACGAAUGUGAUUGUGCAGAAGGAUUAUCUGAAGGACCUUGAACUACGCGUCAAAUCGCUUGAGGACAAUCUGGUCACGGUCAAAUCUGACCUUUCCGGUUUAACAUCGCACAUGAACCGGAGUAGUCCUAGCUACCCUUUGAAGGAAAUCGAAUCACAACACCGAGAUGAGCCAUCCCCCGAUUUUGUAGGCACGGAAGACACGGUCGAUGCGAUGGGAGCUGUGGCAUUUGCUGACGAGAAGGAUUGUGGAUUCUUCGGCGCUUCAUCGAAUAUCGCCUUCCUGCGUCAUUUAUCCCGCGCUGUAGCACAUAGUGAAAGUACACAGAAGGGAAUUACUUCCCCCACAACGGACCACAUCACUCAUGAUGGAGGAUUUGCCAGCGCCACGCGUCCUCCAUCGCCAUCGCUGGGCCAGAUUUCUGAAGCUUUGCAAGAAAGGCCGUCAAGCAUGUUCACAUUGCCAUCUUCCGAAGAGACUUUGACACUCAUCCAUCGAUAUUUUGGCGACACUGGACUGCUUUUCCCUUAUAUUCAUCCACCUACAUUCUUCGACACCUACUAUCAACUAAAGAACAAUUCAAAGAGGGUCCGACGUACAUGGUUGGGCUUGCUGAAUAUAAUACUUGCUAUGGCUAAAUUAACAUUGGCUUCGGGACGCUCACCUGCUGAAACCUGCAUCAGCGAGUCUGCUGUAUACUAUCGCCGGGCGUUAGACCUCUGUAAGGGAGAGAUCUUACGAGGGACAACACUGGAAGUUGUGCAGUAUUUAUUACUCAUGGGCCAGUACCUUCAGGGAACACAGAAAUCGGUUCAGGCGUGGACGAUACAUGGCUUGGCCGUUAAAGCUGCACUCCAGCUCGGACUCCAUUCGAAAGACGCCUCCAAAGCGUUUCCUCCUUUGGAGCAGGAGACACGGAAAAGAACGUGGUUUGGGUGUGUGGUUCUAGAUAGGACCCUGGGCAUGACCUUUGGACGACCGGCUGCGAUACCAGACUGCUAUGUUCAACUCGAUCUACCAGCCUUCCAAGGUAUCACCGAGGUUAUUCCCACGGCCGACCAUGACGAAGUCCGCCAUAGCAUCCAAUUCUUUAAUAACACCAUAACGUUGUAUAAACAAAUGGCCAGCAUAAUUGAUCAAAUAUAUGGUCAGAACCUUGGAUGUGGUCCGCCUCUACCGGUGGGUGAGACUGUUAGCCGUAUCCUUGGCAUCGAAAACCAACUUUUCUGCUGGGUGAUGGCGCUCCCCGAAUGCCUCCGACAAGUGACUGUCGAAGGAAUGCGAGAUGAGAUAGAGCAGUCGCAAAAUCAGCCGCAGCUCUUUCCAUUGAAAUUUCGUGUCAUUCUGACUCUGCGGUAUCUGCACAUCCAAAUCCUCCUACAUCGGCCCAUCCUUGUUAAGUUCCUAGAUGCUACGCGAGCUUCCGGAAUUGAACCCGUCGAAGACAGGCUUCUCAACGAUAUCGGCUACAGUAGCAUGAAAAAGUGUAUCGAAUCAGCUACCGGAAUUAUUGAUAUUAUCUCUGAACUUGUUUCGUCAUCUGGAUGGCCACGAGAACUUCUUGGCGCUUGGUGGUACUCGCUCUACUAUACAUUCAAUGCGGCACUCGUCAUCAUUGGAGCAACCUGGGUCCACAGGACCAGGCAGUCGGGCAAGGGCUCUGCCAGUAUAUGUGCCAACAUUCACAUCUAUCCCAGUCGCGCGGUUGAAACGUUAUAUAAACUGGACACUGGCAAUCGAAUGGUAGAUCGCUGCAGAUACUACCUUGAAGAGUUAAUGUUUGCCCUUCGUCUCAAGCCAGAGGAUAUGCCGGAUCAACCUAACAUGGGCUUCCCAGUCAUGGAAACUUCGACCCCUAACGUCAGCUUCCCUUCAUUUGGUAUUGAGUGUGGCGAGUUUAUGCUGGACGAUCUAUUUAUGCACCGCUUAGGGUUCGAACGUUGGUAG